AUGAAUAAUAUAUAUUUCCCAAAAAGAAGGAAGGUUCUUUAAUGCCCUGAAACAACCACUGAAUCUGAAUUAUAAACAACACGAUCAAUUACUGUAAGAAAUAAUUUUGAAUGCUCAGUCAACCCAUUAUGAGGUGCCUAAAAUUAUUAUUAAAACAGAGGAGAGUGAAGAGUUUCGAUUCCAAAGGGUACUAGAUUAUAAAAUUGGAAGAAUGUCUUUGGUGAUUUUUUAUCUGAAGCCUUGUUGAGGAGAGAACAAACCAAAAUAAAAGAUAUACAGAAACCGCAAUCGAUCGAGCUUAUAUACAUGAAGUUCCAUUAUAAAUCCACAAUCCUAAGUCCUUCCAUAAGAAGCAAUUUCACCAAAUAUAUUAUGGGAGAGAUUUCUGCUCAAGAAUUUGUAAUUAGAAAAAAUCAAUCUCAAAAACUUAAUAAAUUAAUUCCCCCAGCCAUAAAGAAAUCAAAAAGACCAAAAAUUAAUGUGUAUUAAUACAUAUUCAUUUUAUUAGUACUUAUCGCAGAUCUGCAGUAACGGAUGAAGGGAAUCAUGACAUAACCUUCUUAUAAUUAUUGGAUGAAUAGAAUGAAGAGAUGCUCAAAAAUAGCAAGCUUUGGACAGAUCUGAAAUGA